GCUGCCAGUCCCUCGUUCUGUUCUGUUCCGCCUCCGUUCUGUCCCCGUCUUGCCCGGCCUGCAGAACAGCGUCCUCACCCAACCGAACGUACCCCCCCCCGUGGCGACUCUUCUCCCCAUGCGCAUGUCCUCGUCCGUCCCGCGUCUGAGUGCCUUCGUCGCUCUCCUGGUCCUUUCGGCUCACCUGGUGCUUGCGGCCUCGUCGCAGCAAAAGGUCGAGAAGCUGAACGAUCUGUACAAGCCCGGAGAGAUCUUUGAGCUCGAAACGACCAGUUUCCUGCGGUUCUCUGAGAAGCCGCGCAACUACUCGCUCGUUGUUGUGUUGACGGCGUUGUCGUCGGAGCACCAGUGCGAGCCCUGCCGCGAUUUCCGAAAGGAAGAGAAGCUCGUUGCCUCGGCGCUGGCAUCCACCUUCACCCCAGGUCAUGUUUACUUUACCUCGCUGGACUUCAAGAACGGAAGAGACAUCUUUGUAACGCUCAAGUUGACGAACGUGCCCUACAUCCUCCACUUCCCUCCGACCGAAGGCCCCAACGCCAAGUCGAUUCCCGACGAAUAUGAGGUCUAUGAUAUUCCGAUGGGCGGCCUCCUCGCCGAGUCAGUCGCAAAGUGGAUCUCUAACGUGGCCAAGAUCGAGCCCCCGGUCACCAUCAAGCGCCCCAUCGACUACACCAAAUAUGCGCCUCUCGCAGGCUCGGUCGUCAUUUUGCUGGCGUCGCUCUAUAUUGCUGGCCCAGCCAUUGUUCUCAUCUUCCAGAGCAAGCACAUCUGGACAGCCAUUGCCAUGGCCUGGAUUCUCACCUUCACCUCGGGCUACAUGUGGAACCAAAUUCGCGGUGCCCCUUACCAGGGACGCCAGCGCAACGGCCAGCCCGAGAUGAUCAGCCCUUCGUACCAGAACCAGUACCAAGUGGAGACCCAGAUGGUGGGCACCUUCUACGGUCUUAUUUCCCUGCUCUUUGUUGGACUGGCUGUCAAGUUCCCCGGAAGCAGCAACCUCAACAUCCAGCGCAUCUCCAGUGUGAUUCUGCUGAUCGCUUUCUUGGGUGCCUUCUCGCUCUUGGUCAAGGUCUACAACUUCAAGCACGGCGGACAGUAUCCAUUUGGUCUGUUCUUCUAAGAAUGUCUUUGGUGACCGUGCUUCGUGAGAGCAUAUCCGUUUCCACACCGCGGCUUUCGUAAUAAAGCUAUUCCAGUGGUUGGUUGUGUC